AUGCAUUUGCUCGGUCAGAAGUGUGCGAUUUGUGCGUGUAAAACGACCGGAUUCCAUUAUGGCGUGAGUACUGUUCAUGGUCUCCCCAGGGAGGGCGCUAAUGCUAAACACAGUGCGCUCGUAAUUUGCGGAGUGUCGUUGUAACUUUUUUUUGAAAUUUUGCUGGUCUAAAAAUGCAUUUCAAUUCGAGUUUACGACCUUUAUUUCUUUCUUUUUGACUUGAAAAACUGAUUGAAAACCGUUCUUUACAGAAUUUAGAGUUUUUCAUGUUUUUAGCGUCUUUUUCGCAUUUCGUCAAAACUUCAAACCUUUAUAUUUCAGCUCAUUUUGCAUUUCAUGAGCCCAACGAACGUUAAAAAUGUUCGCUGAAUCUUUCUUCACAAAAUUCAGGUUCCGGCGGUUGGUUUUCUUGAGCAGUUUUCGCGAAACUAUUCGAAAAACAUCAAAAUCCCAGCAAAAACCUUCAAAUCGAAAUAACUCGGCUAAUUCUCAACGAUAUGCUCUCUAAUUAUUCGAUGCCAGGUUCCAGGCGUACAAAAAUAGGUGUAUUGCACAGAAAACAUGGAACGAACGCGCGAACUUCCGUUGAAAAUUAAUUAAUCGGCCGCCCGCCUGUUGCAAGUGCGCCCCAUUGAAACCGCCGCGCCAACCCAUUUCAUUUGUUCAGGUUCCGUCGUGCAACGCGUGCAAAACGUUCUUCAAACGGUGCCUCAACUCGAAAAAGUUUCGAAAGUGUGUGAACGGCGGCGCGUGUCCGCAAAACUCGAUCGACUGCCGCUUCUGCCGCUUUCAACAGUGCAUCCGGUCCGGAAUGAUGGCCUAUUUCUCGGAGAACAUUCGAAAAUCGCAACUGCAAAACUCGGACAAUCUAUCGUUGCUCCUGCAAAAAUUGUCGAUCAUGGACUCGGCGCGCAAGAACCUCUUUCUCAACUAUCAACUUUCCGAUGACGUCGGCCUCAAUGACGUCAUCUCGUCGAGUUCAGUGCACUAUACGCCGAAACCCGUCGAUUUUUCGAACACUUUUUACGAUUGGGUCGUCAUCGACCUGGUGACCACACUGGAUUUCAUGAAACGACAGGAAUUCGUCAAGUUCCUCGCGCCCGAUGACGUGCGAACGUUUCUGUUGACCUCGUUCUUCCAAUGCGCCACGUUCUCGUCGGCGGUGCGAUGUUCCGGCGAGAAUAUUAUGAGUUUCCCCGGCGGCGUCGACAUUUUUCCGUUCAAAAUGUCGAGUUUGAAUCCGAAACUACUUCAAAAGAUCCGCAGCGAGCUCGUCGAACGGGUGAACGCGCUCAAAAUGACGUCGGAGGAGUUUCUGCUGCUCACGCUCAUCUUCAUUUGCAAUUCAGGUGAGACGGACAUGUUUCGCGCCGAGAAUCGCAUUUUCAGUGAACAACAACCUGUCGGAGAGUGGGCGGAGCUUCUUGGGCUCCUACCAGAAGAUCUAUAGCUCGGCUCUGCUCCAGUACACGAUGAUCACGCAUCGUCAGGCGGGACCGUCGCGGUUCCAGGACCUUCUAUCGCUUUGCCACGUGCUGAACACGACUCUCGAGGGAAUGGGAUGCGUCGCGCAUCUUUUUCGCAUCAAACAUCCGGCGGUGAACAGAAAACAGUUGUAUCAGGACAUUCAGCAUUUGUUUUGA